AUGCCAAGUACUCGCUCUCGAAGUGAAGACUUAGUGCUGCCAAUUCCCGAACCGGAGCGUUCUAUCACUGUAUCACGUCGAUUACGACGUACUCGCAAUGUUGUUCCUACUCCUACUUCUGAACCAGUUGAAGAAUCAACCAUGGGAGAACAGUCGCGUCAUCUCAAAUCUUACGUUAUUCCUUCGCAAGCUGAACCUCGCAAUAGCAUUGCUGCUCCUGCUAUUGAGGCGAAUAAUUUCGAGCUAAAACCAACGUUGUUGUCAGCUAUACAACAAAAUCAAUUUUCUGGAAAUGCGACGGAAGACCCUAAUCUUCAUUUGUCAGUGUUCUUGCAAUACGCAGACACUGUAAAGGCGAAUAAUGUCAGUGCGGAAGCUAUCCGACUGCGCCUUUUUCCUUUUUCACUGAGGGAUAGAGCUAGAGCUUGGCUCCAGUCUUUACUCGCCAAUUCUGUCACGACCUGGAAUGAACUUAAGAAAGUCUUCCUGGCACGUUAUUUUCCACCUAGUAAGACCGCCAUGCUAAGAGCCCAGAUCAAUGGGUUUAGACAAAAAGAAAACGAGUCUUUAUUCGAAGCGUGGGAGAGAUACAAGGACAUUCUUAGACUCUGUCCACAUCACGGAUUAGAAGAAUGGUUAAUUAUCCAUACCUUCUACAUUGGUCUCCUCUACAAUAUGAGACUUACAAUUGACGCUGCCGCAGGUGGCGCACUGAUGGACAAAGCAUAUGCUGAUGCCUAUGCACUUAUCGAGAGUAUGGCUCAGAAUCAUUAUCAAUGGGGAAGCGAGAGAGCUCAAUCAGAGAAAAUUUCUGGAGAAAAAUCUUCAACGAAGAGUGGGAUGUACGAGAUAAGUAGCCUCGACCGCGUUAACGCCAAAGUCGAUGCCCUAACUCAGAAGAUUGAAAACCUCACUAUAUCACCUGUAGCCGCCGUGGUUGCUGUUUCCCCAAAUUGGAAAUAUGCGGGAUGUCUGGACAUGCUGCCCCCGAGUGCCAUCUUUUGGCAGGAGUUUCCCCUAAACAGAUGGAAGAACCACCCUAAUUUCUCGUACAAGAACAAUAAUGCUUUGUACGCACCUGGUCAAGCACCCAGUGUACCACCUGGAUAUCAAAAGGCACCAUUCGCCGCUCCUAACGUCCCUAGGAAGUCUAACUUAGAAUUGAUGAUGGAAAAUUUCAUAGCUACUCAAACUCAGACUAAUAAGGAUUUCAUAAACCAGAACGUGCACACUAAUGAGCAAAUCAAACAGUUAGCAACUAAAGUAGACGCGUUGGCCACUCACAACAAGAUGCUUGAGACACAAAUCUCUCAAGUAGCACAACAACAAGCACCUACUGCCGCACCUGCUAGGACAUUUCCAGGACAGCCACAACCAAACCCAAAAGGACAUGCUCAUGCUAUUAUUAUGCGAAGUGGUAGAGAGAUGGAAGAACCGACUGACCCUAGGCUUAAAAACCCUGCUAUGUUCCAAAGCCCUAGGAAGACAACUGAGGAGGAAAGUAGACCCAAGGAUAAACCAAGUGAUCCGAAAGAGAAAGAGGACAAGGAAGGCAAGACGGAGGAAAAAGAAGCGCCAUACAUACCUCCACCACCUUAUAAACCACCUAUCCCGUACCCUCAAAGACUCGAGAAAUCUAAAAACAUAGGGCAGUUUAAGAAAUUUGUCUAA